CCGCGCCGACCCUGCGGACGUGAGCCUGCCUUCCGUCGCGGCGAAACCCGAGAUGCGUCCCUGCCCGGCCUUUGCCAGCUCCGGCAUGGGAUACCCCAGUCCCUGAACUCGACUCGACCCCUGCAGACUCAUUACUUACACAGGAGAAAUCUGUAGAACUUAAGAAUGUCAUGGAACUCAUCAGGAUAUGCCACUGAAGAAUAUGAUGGCUGAAAACAACUUUAAAAUGCUGAAGAUUCAGCAAUGUGUAGCCAACAAACUACCUAGGAACAGACCAUAUAUUUGCAAUAUCUGCUACAAGCACUUUGAAACACCAUCAAAAUUAGCUAGGCAUUAUCUCAUUCAUACCGGUCAAAAGCCAUUUGAAUGUGAUGUGUGUCAUAAAAACUUUAGACAACUCGUUCAUCUGGAGAGGCACCAGUUAACUCACAAUCUGCCUUUUAGUUGUAAUAUUUGCCAGCGCCACUUUAAAAAUCUGAAGACAUUUGUAAAGCAUCAGCAGCUUCACAAUGAAUCCUACCAUAAUGAUGUUAAAGUCAGAAGACUGCUCGAGACCAAGCAAGAGAAGCCGGUGUAUGGAAUGUGUAAUACUUUUACUGCAGAUGAGAGACGGGCACUACACCCAUGCUCUAAGUCUGAUCCCACAUACAGCACCACGAAGAGAAGAAAGAAUAUUCAUGCGUGUACGAUCUGUGGCAAAAUGUUUCCAUCACAAUCAAAACUUGAUAGGCACUCACUUAUUCACACCGGGCAGAGGCCUUUUAAAUGUGUCCUGUGCAGUAAAUCUUUCCGACAGUCAACCCACUUAAAAAUCCACCAACUCACACAUUCAGAAGAAAGACCUUUUCAAUGUUGUUUUUGUCAAAAAGGAUUUAAGAUUCAAAGCAAACUUCUGAAGCAUAAACAAAUCCACACUAGGAAUAAGACUUUUCAGAAUCUUCCUUUAAAAGUAAAAAGUCCUGAAUCGUGUCCCCUACCUAAUAAAUUCAAUGCAAAGCAGGAUGCUUUUGAAAGUGGUGAUAUGGGUGAGUCUGAGGAGAAUAAUCCUCUUGAUGUCCACUCCAUUUAUAUUGUCCCUUUUCAGUGUUCAGAGUGUGAAGAAUGUUUUGAGUCAGAGCAGAUUCUCAAUGGACACAAGUGUCUUCCUGCCAGAGGUGGCAGAGUUCCAAGCAGACUCAAAAGAAGCUGUAACUAUAAGACCAUUGUUAAAAAGCUCUUGGAUAAACUUAAACGUGCUGGGGGUAAAAAAUCAGAUAACCUUCAAUCAGAGAAAAGAACAUUUAAAAGCAACUACUUGAAAAAUUGCAAACGUACUUCUGGUAAGCCGAACAUAGAACAAACUCAGAGGACGUUUGUGGGUACUCUUAGCAGACAUAGUUCAUACAAGACAGUUAGCAAAAAAAAGAAGAAAACACUGGCUUUGCCAUUUUCUUGGCAAAAGCAGUUCCAGAGCCAAAACAUGGGUAAGAGUUUGCAAGGCAUCCUUACAACGGGAAGCGUAUUAACUAUGGAUGGUUCAGUCAGUAAUAAAGACUUGUCAAUCUAUGGUUCAUCAGGUGAGGAAUACUUUAAUAACUGUGACAUGCUUCAGUGUGGUUUUUCAGAUUCAAGUGAAAAUAUACAUACUGGACAUAAGAUGUGUCCCUGUGAUAAAUGUGACAAAGUGUUUCCUUCUAUUUCUAAGCUACAAAGGCACUAUUUAAUUCAUACUGGACAGAGACCUUUCGACUGUAAUGUUUGUGGAAAAUCUUUCAGACAGUCAGCUCACUUAAAAAGGCAUAAACUAACUCAUAUUGAAAAGAUUCCUUACAGUUCUUUUUGGCAAGUAGACUUUGGAAAUGUGAACCAACUUUUCAUUCAUCCAAGUAAUGAUGUUAGCUAUAAUGCCUCCCAACAGUGCGAGGGGCUUGGUUCCCAAAGCUAUGAAAGUUCAGAGUCUAGUCAGGUAUCAGAAAUUGAAGUCAAGGUAGAACCAGAGGAUUUUCUUCUUGGUUCCCACUGUAGGAGCAGGCAGUCUUACCUCGCCAACACACUAGUGGAGUCAGAGCAGAGCCAUCAUUGCUACAGUUACUUAGGCCGUCCUGAAAGAAGUGAUGGACUCCUUUACCAGUGCAGUGUUUGUUGUAAACAUUUCCGAUCUCCAUCCAAACUAGAAAGACACUAUUUAAUUCAUGCAGGGCAGAAGCCAUUUGAGUGUUCAGUCUGUGGCAAAACCUUUAGACAAGCACCUCAUUGGAAGAGACAUCAACUCACUCACUUUAAGGAACGACCUCAGGAGAAAGUGGUUCUAGAUUCAACUGUGUAACAUAAAACCACUAAUGUGAUAUAAUACCCCAUAAGACAUUUUUGCCAAAGGCCUAUAUUAGGUGACUUCAUAGGCAAUUGCUUGUCAUGCAUAAUCAGGAGUAAGAUAAAAAUCUGUUUUAGACACAGUUGAAUGACUUGAGAAGGAAUAGCAUGGCCUGAUACCAUCAAUAGGAAUCUAAGGUUGUCAGCAUAUAACUCUGGUUGUAUUAAAAGCUAGGAAUCCAUCAUGUUCAAUUUAGCCUCAUGUAUUGAAUUACUCAAGACAUUGUGUGUCUUUAUGUAUAUGCGUACCUCCCAGAAGGAGGCAAGAAUUGCCAUUCAGCUGCAACAAACCAUCCUGCCCUAUUUUCUUCUACAUGGAAGCAUACACUCUAUUACAAAACAUUUUUCUUACAAGUUAAAGGAAUAAUAGAUAAGGAAAUAGGUUGGGAAGUUAUAGCAUUUUACUUUUCCAUAGUGUUUUUUUGUUUUUGUUUUUUUGAGACUGGUAAUUUUACCUUCUUAGACAAAAGGGCCCCACCCCAUCCCAAACUAGGUUACUAUUUUCCCUAAGGAAUUUAGAAGUAGGAAGAAGCUGGGUUGUACCCAUGUGUAUUUACCAUCCACUAAUGUUUACAUUUGCAUGGUAUUUUCUAAGGGCCAUGAGUUUUUCAUAUAUGUCUGCAGUUGUAUAUUUUUAGUUAAAUGCACUGCACCUGUUUGCUCAUUAGUGGUUGGCAGCAGACAGCAGUAGCCAGGGGCAAGACUUUGCUUUGACAAUUCUUUGGCUAAAUGACUCAAGUAAAUCUCUUCUGCUAAAUUCAAUCAAACAACAAUAGCUGUGUAGUUUCAGACUUUACUCCUCUGUGAAAGACACUAAUGCUACAGUAUUUUUUUGACCUUCGUUCCUUCAGUUAGUAAAAAUGUUGUCCCUGUAUAGGAAUAUGGUGCUUAGAGAGCUCAAGGCAGUAUUUGUUUUCUAAACAGUAUUGUCAUGACUUGACAAAAAUAAAUCCUAAUCUGAAAGAAAUGACCUAGUCACAAGUCCAUCACAUUUGCAGCAGUUUGUAAAAUCUUUGACUAACAUUUUCUCGAAAUAAAAAGGUUAACUGUUUUGUUUCUAAGGUGAAAAGAAACAGGUGGAUGUUUCACAUGCUUAAAUAUAGUGAAAAGCCCUCUGUUGGAAGUAUGGGCGAUGGAGUAAUUGUAAGUUUUGAUCAUGGUGUAAGAGCUGUACUUGGUGAGGGGAAGGAAGGAGGAAAGCUUUCACCCCAAGUGAGCCUUAACAAACUUGGAUAUAAUUUACAGAGAUAAAUGUGAUGGGAUGAGGAAAAUAUCCAGAUGAUAAGUAAAUGUGCCUAUUUUGAAGUAGAGACAUCUGUCUAAAGAGAGUCGCAUGCUCCAUGGAGUAGUAGCUUCUGAUUCUAAGACUUGAGGUGUGUAUUUCCUGCACAAACAAGUUGUGGCUCACAGAAUUGACUUUGCACAGAACUCUUAUAGGAUAUGUCUGUUGGUUAAAAGCAAAGCAUAAAUAGUUUCAUGUUUUCCAAGAGUAAAAGUUCAAGAGUUAUUUAAUGUGUGAAAAUGUGGGUUUGGGCAUUUCUCUGAGUAAUUUAUAUAAUUUUAUUUGAAAAGAAAUGCCCAAUGUGUUUCUUUCCCACCUAAACAGGGAAAGUUCUGAAUGUUGUGCUUGUAUGACCAUGAGUCUUUGCCUGAGUGAUAAGGUACUUUUUUUUUUUUUUGGCUCAUGCCUUUUGAAGCUGUUUCAUAUUGAAAGUUGAAAUAUUGUAAAAAUUUUGUCAAGAGAUGUAUUGUAGUGCUAUUUGAAGUACCUGUAACAAAAUACUUACCUUUAUUACCAUUGCAAGCUUCUUAUGGGAAUUGUAAGAGUGAAAAUAAAAUAUGAAUUUAUGUUAAGAUAAACAUGUUAAAUGAUGGUUUGCUGCAUGCUAGAAGUGUACUUACUGAGUCAAUUAUUUUGAAUUUUUU